AUGACUGCAAAAGAAUUUCCUAGAUUAACGGCCGGGCAAGAGGAGGAACUUCAAAGUGAGCUACAACAAUGGAGUUUGGCCAAUGGGUUGGUGAUGUACCCACCGGGAUUUGUUGAGUAUUCAGUGAAUGUUGCACCUGUGACUUUAUUUCCUACGCCAAUUCCAAAGGCUGCUUUUCAGGAUGCGGUUCAAGUGCAACAGUUAUUCAACAAGUUGUAUGCAAAAGUAGUAAGUACUAAUAAACUGUGGUUAAUGAAAAUUUUGGAAGAUCUAAGCGAAUUUGAUCAAGACUUCACCGGAAAGUUAUUAGAUGCUCAUAAAAGAGCAGUAGAAGAGAGCGGUGGUAAGCUCCGACAACCAUUAUCGUUAGGCUUGUUUCGCUCUGACUAUAUGGUCAACGAAGUCAGAGGAGAGGAAGCAAUAAGUCAAAUUGAAUUCAACACCGUCAGUGUGUCUUUCGGUGGGUUGUCGACCAAAGCUAGCAAGUUGCAUAACCACUUGAAUCAAAUUGGAGCAUAUGACAGCAAUUAUUCUUACCAGUAUUAUGAUUCUAGUGAGAUUCCCAUAUCUAAUUCAGCAGCUGCAUUAGCAGAUGGAUUGGCAGAUGGAGACUGUUACUAUAACGACAAGAAUAGUAAAUGUAACACUAUUAUUUUAUUUAUAGUGCAAGACGGGGAGAGAAAUUGCUUUGAUCAGAGGCUUGUUGAGUUUGAAUUGUUGAAGAACCACGGAAUUAGGUCUCGCCGAUUAACUUUAGCUGAAGUUGUGCCUAAUACUACUAUUAACGAUGGUAAGCUUUAUAUCAAAUCGACUAUGGAUGAAAUUUCUGUUGUAUACUAUCGUGCGGGUUAUGCUCCGUAUGAGUAUGAGGUUGAUUCAGCUUGGAAUGCCAGGCUCUAUGUAGAGAAGACAGCAGCUAUAAAAUGCCCGACUUUGUUGACGCAAUUAUCUGGAUGUAAAAAGAUACAACAGCUUCUUACUGAAGAGAAUAACAUUCAGAAAUUUUUACCGGAUUUAGAUUCGUCUGAAAUGUCGAAGAUAACUUCUACGUUUGUGCCGAUAUACCCUUUAGACGACACUGAGCGAGGUAAAGCUGCUAGAAGAUUGGCAUUUGACUGCCCUGAAAAGUUCGUUUUGAAACCUCAACGAGAAGGCGGGGGGAAUAAUAUUUACAAAGAAGAUAUUCCAAGCUUUUUGAAAGAGCUCCCAGAAAGGGAAUGGGGGGCGUACAUUCUCAUGGAGAUGAUCGAUCCCCCUAAACAUAAAAAUAAGAUUAUUAGAAAUGAAACAAUUUACAACGAGCCAAUUGUAUCAGAAUUGGGUAUUUUCGGUACGACUUUGUAUAAUGAAGAUACUGGUGAGAUUUUGACUAACAAGAAUGCUGGUUGGUUACUUAGAUCAAAAGUUGACUCGAGUAAUGAGGGAGGAGUUGCAGCUGGAUUCGGUUGCAUCGAUAGCAUUUAUUUGUAUUAG